GCCUUUUUUUUUUUCCCCUUGCCUAAACUCCUCUGUCAGCCUGUAAACAUUACCUGAGAAUUCCCCAGCCUAAACGGCUGCUGGGGCAAGAAACUUCUUGUUAGAACUUUCCACCUCCGGCUUCCCCUCCAGCCCUCUUACCGUCCCAACCUUCUCAGACGGUUUUUCUCCUCCCGAGGAGGAUUUAUCUUUUUUUUUUUUUUCCCUCUCUCUUUUUCUCUCUUUUUUUUGCUGGUUCUGGGGUUUUCUUUUUUUUCUCACCCGGUGCUUUGCUUUUGGGAAGAGGUGAUUUCAACAGUGGCCAGGUGGGACGCCUCUCUCCCCCUUUCAUUCGGUUUAUUUAUUAUUGUUUGGGGUGUUUUCUUUUUUUAAUUCCUGUUUUGCUCGGUCCGGGGAGUUUCGCCCCCCCUGCCUGUCUCCGCGGCGCGGAGGAUGGUGUGGAAAUGGCUGGGCGCGUUGGUGGUGUUCCCUCUGCAGAUGAUCUAUCUGGUGGCCAAAGCAGCCGUCGGACUGGUGCUGCCCGCCAAGCUUCGGGACCUGUCGCGGGAGAACGUCCUCAUCACCGGCGGCGGGAGAGGCAUCGGACGCCAGCUCGCUCGCGAGUUCGCAGAACGCGGCGCCAGAAAGAUCGUUCUCUGGGGCCGGACUGAGAAAUGCCUCAAAGAGACGACAGAGGAGAUUCGGCAGAUGGGCACCGAGUGCCACUACUUCAUCUGUGAUGUAGGCAACCGGGAGGAGGUAUACCAGACGGCCAAAGCUGUCCGGGAGAAGGUGGGCGACAUCACCAUCCUGGUGAACAAUGCGGCCGUGGUCCACGGGAAGAGCCUGAUGGACAGUGACGAUGACGCCCUUCUCAAGUCCCAGCACAUCAACACCCUGGGCCAGUUCUGGACCACCAAGGCCUUCCUGCCGCGCAUGCUGGAGCUGCAGAACGGCCACAUCGUGUGUCUCAACUCCGUGCUGGCGCUGUCUGCCAUCCCUGGUGCCAUCGACUACUGCACGUCCAAAGCCUCGGCCUUCGCCUUCAUGGAGAGCCUGACCCUGGGGCUGCUGGACUGUCCAGGAGUCAGUGCCACCACCGUGCUGCCCUUCCACACCAGCACCGAGAUGUUCCAGGGUAUGAGGGUCAGGUUCCCCAACCUCUUCCCUCCGCUGAAGCCGGAGACUGUGGCCCGGAGGACGGUGGAAGCCGUGCAGCUGAAUCAGGCCCUCCUCCUUCUCCCGUGGACGAUGCAUGCCCUCAUUAUCUUGAAAAGCAUACUACCACAGGCUGCACUGGAGGAGAUCCACAAAUUCUCAGGAACCUAUACCUGCAUGAACACUUUCAAAGGGAGGACAUAGAGGCAGGAUGCAGAGACAUGCUUGAAAGCCACGGAACCUGAGGGGGCCAUGGCACACCCCCAUGCGCCUGUCCCUUGGCACACUUCUGCUGGGUGAGUGGGACUGUUCCUGUCCCCAGGAAGAAUCCGGGUGAACCCCCAGGCCAGCCCCAGGACCUUUGCACAGGACUGAUGGGCGUAACUCUGACCCCCAUGGGGAGGCAAGAAACCAGCCAGCAGCCACCUUGACACUUUCAUACAUGUCUAAUUCUGUAGAGUUUAUUGUUAAAUUGCUUCUCGAGUCUAACCAGCCUUAGCAGUGUGUUUAGACUGUUUCCAGGAGGGUCUAUACCCAGAUGCUCUUUUCUUUGCAAAAUCCACCCAUCCUCAGCUUGUGCAAACUGGUUGUAUGGCAGGAAUGAUAAAUAAAGACAUCGUUUUUGCGA